UACAUAUUUUUCACAGUUUAAAUUUUCAGUGUUAAAAAAUUCAGCAUAUAAAAAAUUUCAACUUUUCAAAAUUCGAAUGCAAUAAUUUCAGUGUCCUCCAAUUCAACUUGCUCAAAUUCGCUGUCUCAAAUUCAACGUCUAAAAAUUCGCUGUAAAAAUGGCGAGGUUACUUCAGGUCACAGACAUUAGCAAUGGAUGUCAGAUUCCAGGACCCAGCUAAUCACGUGACACAACCGUCAUAUUGAAGAAAUACCAGCGUCACCGAGGCUGGCGACCAUGGAGGCGAACGCAAACCCAACGGUGAGUUUAAUGCUUUCAUGUUUCUGUAGUAUAUUUUAUUUUGCGCAUGAAGUUUGAUACAUUACCUUAAAUCUUGAUUUAAAACACGGUUUUGGGUCGUUGUUAAUCUUACACCAUGUAGUGCUGGCAUAUUACCUCUCGCUACCUCCUAGCCCCCCCAGCCCCUCCCCGCUGCCCCUCACCCAAUUUACCCCGUUUUAUUUCAAAAAGAAAUACCACUUGCGUCAAGUCUAGAAUCUUGAAAGAGAACUGAUGGGUGGCGACUUUCUGGGUUGUUUGAUGUUGUCUUAGGUGAGACUGAGACAGGCAGUCUUAGUAAAGUGUAAUUUUUCAGGAGAUGCUACCGCUAAUGUACUAAGCUAAUAUGGCUGCUGCCUUGUGUGCUUCAAGGAGGGGCUGUGAACACUUCCGACAUUAAUUAUAACCACAAACCCAUUCUGUUCAGCUACUGUAUUGUUCAGGUGACUUCAUUUAUGAAUGAAUUAAGACAUUUAUUGUCAUUACAACAUCAUCCAAAAUACUGCUUCUCUUAUCUGACAAAUGUUGAUAUACAAUAUUAAUUUACAUUCUUUUUACCUUGCGGUAUAAAACCUCGUUCUGUUACUUAGCAACACUAUAAACAACUCCCUUUGUUUUUUCAAUUGAUUUUAACUCAUUUUCAAGAAAAAUAUAUGCUUGUAAGUACAUCUGUUAACUUAUUUUAGACUAAAUAUCAUAAUUUAAUUUAUAUUACUGUGAUUUCCCAAUACUGACCUACUGAUUUCAAAAUACUUUUUUAUUUUACUGACAAUUUUUUUGACAUGUUUUUUUUUUUCUCUCUUUUCAAGGAACUUUUGCUGGAUCACAUUUUUGAUAGACUCCGUGAUCGUUUGGAGCAUGUUCUUGAACGUAUGCCCCUGGAUCUGGAUUUCCUGGACUUUAUCUGCACUCAAGAACUAGUUUUUUUAAAUGCCAUGUCUUGUCAGAUAGAUGUUCCUUCAAAUAUUUUGGACGCGCUGGCUCAUUUGCACAGACUAAUUAAUUUAGAAAAACAAAGUGAAGAACAACAAACAACUGUUGUGCAUAUUGAGCAAGGACCAGCUGGGCGACAACGGAUGGUCAUAUCCUCAGACUACCUUUGCAGUCUUUUAGAACUCCAUCUCCCUGUCCCAUGCAUCGCCAAACUCUUGGGUAUAUCUAGACGGACUGUAUAUCGACGGAUGGCAGAAUCUGGUCUUUCAGUGAGGGCAUUAUACACCACCAUGUCAGAUGAUGACUUAGACCAAUGUGUGAGAGACAUUAAAUCCAGGCAGCCUCACUCUGGGUACCGAAUGGUAAAGGCCCUUCUGCAAGCCAGAGGACUGAGGGUGCAGUAUGAUAGAGUCAGAGCGUCCAUGCAUCGUGUAGACACCAUUGGAAUGGCAUCACGUAUGGUCCAGCUAGGAUGCAUAGCUCGACGGACGUACUCAGUUCCUGGCCCUCAGUCUUUGAUGCACAUUGACACCAACCACAAAUUAAUACGGUACAACAUUGUUAUCUUUGGUGGCAUUGAUGGUUUUUCUCGAAAGAUAAUGUAUCUUGGUACAGCUCCCAACAACCUGGCAUCUACCACACUCGCUUUCUUUCAAGGUUCAGUGGAGGAGUUUGGUUUCCCCCUCAGGGUACGUGCUGAUCAAGGGGUGGAAAAUGUGGACGUGGCACGACUUAUGUUUAUGAUUCGUGGAACAGGAAGAAGCAGUUUCAUAUCUGGAAAAAGUGUGCACAAUCAAAGGAUUGAGCGACUGUGGAGAGAUCUGUGGACAGCUGUAACGUGCAUCUAUUAUGAUGUGCUACACUACCUUGAAGAAGAGGGAUACCUGGACAUUUCAAAUGAAGCACACCUCUUCUGUUGCCAUUAUGUCUUCCUGCCACGUCUGCAGGAUGAUCUGGAUACUUUCCGCAGUGGCUGGGACAAUCACCCACUUCGAACUGAAAGCAACAUGACUCCUAACCAGCUCUGGGUUCUUGGUCGUACACAUCAUCCAAUUCCUGAACCCCACGGUGCCUUGACAGAGGGUGUACAGAUUCCCGAAAUUGAAUGGGAGGACAGCGGGCUUUCUCUUCACGAAGAGUCAAAUGUCACAGUACCAAACUCUAAUUUGCAACUGACUGACGAACAAAUGGCAGCCUUAAGAAAUGCAGUAAACCCAAAAGCCACAUCACUGUCAUCUGGAUGUGACAUUUAUAUUGCUGCAAUUCAGUUUUGCGAGCAGUUUUUUACUAUGUGAAAGUUAUCCAUUUUACGGAAGCGUAUUGCUAUCACGCAGGGAAAAAAAUUCGAGCUAUCACAUUGAGACGUGAUAGUUAUCUUAAAACGUGAUAAUUUUAUGUCCAGGAAGUGGCGGUAUUAUGCUAGGCUAGUACAGUGGCUAACAGGACUUGGUCAAGUUUCCCUUCAUAAUAGCAUAAUACCGCCACUUCCUGGACAUAAAAUUAUCACGUUUAUACAAGAUGCGUAUUAUGUUUUAACAAGAUAACUAUCACGUUUUAAUAAGAUACGUAUGACGUUAUAACGUGAUAACGCUCGAUUUUUUCCCCCUGAAUUAUAGCAAUAAGCUUCCGUACCAGUUUCAAAAUUCACCAUUUAUGAAAGGUAAAGCAAAAUGCUGAUCAUGUUACCACAAAGGUGAAUUUUAGUGUCUUUAUGUUUAAGAACAUGUUUAAGAACUAAAAUGUUCUAAAUUUGUAAUUUGAUUGUUUUUUCUUUACUCAAAAGGAACCUAGUAGGUACAUUUGUACAUUGUUCUAGGACUUUAAAUUUCUUGCAUUAUAAGAAUCAGAAAAAGCUUUGUUUGUCUUAUGCAAUUUAUUUUCUAAUACUUCAAGCAUAUAUGAACUCAUCUAAGUACAAUCAAUAAAAUUUUGCAUAAAAAAC